AUCGCUGAGGACGUAACCGGAAGCUCAACCGCGACCGAGGCGCUCAGAUAUCGCGAGGUGAAAUGUAAAAACUGCCAACAAUCCAUUGGCUAACGAGGUCGAUAACGCCAGACGCAAGACGCCGGGCCUACUGCGGGAGCGUGAGGCAAGCCGUGCGUUCCGUUCCAAGGCAUCUGUGAGCCCGCGGAGUAUACACCAUGAGCAAAGCUCACCCUCCCGAGUUGAAAAAAUUUAUGGACAAGAAGUUAUCAUUGAAAUUAAAUGGUGGCAGACAUGUCCAAGGAAUAUUGCGGGGAUUUGAUCCCUUUAUGAACCUUGUGAUAGAUGAAUGUGUGGAGAUGGCGACUAGUGGACAACAGAACAAUAUUGGAAUGGUGGUAAUACGAGGAAAUAGUAUCAUCAUGUUAGAAGCCUUGGAACGAGUAUGAAUAAUGGCUGUUCAGCAGAGAAACCCAUGUCCUCUCUCCAUAGGGCCUGUUUUACUAUGAUGUAAAAAUUAGGUCAUGUACAUUUUCAUGUUAGACUUUUUGUUAAAUAAACUUUUGUAAUAGUCAAAAA